AUGAUAACAACGACCAACUUCCAUUGUGCUCUUUGUUUGGUGUACGGAGCGCAUGGGAGGGAGGAGAAGCGGGGGGUGUGGGAAGAACUCAGCUAUGUGGCGGGGUUGUGUCAGGUUCCGUUCUGCUUUUUAGGGGACUUUAAUGAAAUUAUGUAUGCUGAGGAUCGCAAAGGGGCGACCAGCUUGCCGACAACAGGGGAAGAGUUUAAAAGAUGGGUGCAUGACAUACAACUGAUGGAUCUAGCUCUUACUGAUAGGAAGUACAUAUGGUUUCGGGGUCGGUCCUGUAGUCGGAUUGAUAGGGUUCUGGUCAAUGUGGAAUGGACUGAGAAGUUCUCGGAUAUUCGACUAAAAGGUGGUCCACGAGGGUUAUCUGAUCACUGCCCGUUGAUUGUGGAGGGUACAAAAUUACAAGGGGGUCCUAGACCGUUCAGAAGUCUGGAUUCCUGGUUUACGCAUGAGGGCUUUCUGAGAAUGGUGAAAACUGAAUGGAGAAGCUUAGAAGAUGCUCAAUUUACGUGUAAGCUAAAGGCUUUAAUAGUUCCUCUGCGGCAAUGGCACAAGAAUACCUUCGGGGACAUGGAUAAGAGACUAAUGAGGUUUGAGGAGGAGAUCACAAGACUGGGCAAUUUGGCCAGGAUCAAAGGUGCCAUUAGGGGGUUUUACAAAGAUUUAUAUCGGCAGGAAUAUGUUCCAAGGAUUGGGGUUAGGGAUGGGUUGGUGAAACAGAUUAGUAGAGAUGAGGCUGCAGCGUUGGAGGUGUUGCCAUCGGAGAAGGAAAUCAAGGAGGCAGUGUGGGAUUGCGGAUCGUCCAAGACUCCAAGGAGUGAUGGGUACAACAUGAACUUCAUCAAGAAAUUCUGGGAGGACAUUGGCCUGGAAUUCAUUGCAGCGGUACUAGGAUUCUUCCAAAGUGCUAAGUUACCAAUGGAUUUGAAUGUAACUUGGGUGACACUAGCCCCGAAGGUGGAGGGUGCAAAGGAGGUGAAGGAUUUUAGGCCAAUUAGUAUGGUGGGAUGUGUGUAUAAAGUGAUCUCCAAGAAAAUGGGUUUCGGCCUAAGGUGGAGGAAUUGGGUGAGGGAGUGUGUUACUACAGCUACUAUGGCAAUCCUGGAUGCUGGGGGAAGCAGUCAGAAACGGGCGCAUUGCCCCGUUGUUGGUGGGAGGAGAUCAUAUUGA